GGUGCGCAGGCCACAGUGGCCCGGCUACCAAUGGAGGAGCCCGCGGGGAGGUGAUUUUCCUUCUUCUUUUUCUUUUGCUUCUCCUCCCCAUUUCCCUCUCCCUUCCCGGCUCUCUUCCGGCGUCCCCCCGCCUCGCUCGCUGCCGCUGUGGGAGCUGCUUCCCCCGAAAUCGCGGCCUCUACGCCGCCCUACACGCAAUCUGGGAGGCAGAGAAGUCGAAUGAAGUCAACAGAGCAAUAAGAGUUGUUGAAAAAGAAACGGACUCUACGCUCCUGCUCCGCAGUUUGGCUGAGCACUAAGAUGUCUGUGGACAUGAACAGCCAGGGCUCUGACAGCAAUGAAGAGGACUAUGAUCCAAACUGUGAUGAGGAGGAAGAGGACGAAGAGCCUGGGGACAUUGAGGAUUACUAUGUGGGGGUGGCAAAUGACGUGGAGCAACAGGGAGCAGAUGCCUUUGACCCUGAGGAAUAUCAAUUUAGCUGCCUGACUUACAAGGAAUCGGAGAGUACCCUGAAUGAGCACAUGGUCAGCUUGGCCUCUGCAUUAAAGGUAUCUCAUGCAGUUGCUAAGCUUGUAUUAGUUAGCUUCCACUGGCAAAUAUCAGAAAUUUUGGAAAGGCACAAUUCCAAUUCUGUCCAGUUGCUAGUGGAAGCACAAGUUCAGCCUGCCUCAUCCAAACACGCCAUGGUACAUUCCUCCCAGCACUGCGCGGUGUGUAUGCAGUUUGUCCGAAAGGAAAACUUGUUGUCUCUGGCUUGUCAGCACCAGUUCUGCCGCAGCUGUUGGGAGCAGCACUGUACAGUUCUCGUCAAGGAUGGAGUCGGAGUUGGUGUCUCCUGCAUGGCUCAGGACUGCCUGCUCCGGACUCCUGAAGAUUUUGUGUUUCCAUUGCUACCUAGCGAGGAGCUGAAAGACAAAUACAGACGCUACCUCUUCAGGGAUUACAUUGAGAGCCAUUUCCAGCUGCAGCUCUGUCCCGGCGCAGACUGUCCUAUGGUCAUACAGGUACAGGAGCCCAAAGCUCGCAGAGUGCAGUGCAAUCGAUGCAAUGAAGUUUUCUGUUUCAAGUGUCGGCAGAUGUACCAUGCUCCCACAGAUUGUGCCACCAUUCGAAAAUGGCUCACCAAGUGUGCAGAUGACUCUGAAACAGCCAACUAUAUCAGUGCUCACACUAAAGAUUGUCCCAAGUGCAAUAUCUGUAUUGAAAAGAAUGGUGGCUGCAAUCACAUGCAAUGCUCCAAAUGCAAACAUGACUUCUGCUGGAUGUGUCUAGGGGAUUGGAAGACUCAUGGCAGCGAGUACUACGAAUGCAGUCGGUACAAAGAGAAUCCUGAUAUUGUAAACCAGAGUCAGCAAGCACAGGCCAGGGAGGCCCUUAAGAAGUACCUGUUCUAUUUUGAAAGGUGGGAAAACCACAACAAGAGCUUACAGCUGGAGGCACAGACAUACCAGCGAAUUCAAGAGAAGAUACAAGAAAGGGUGAUGAACAACUUGGGAACGUGGAUAGACUGGCAGUAUCUACAGAAUGCAGCAAAGCUGCUAGCUAAGUGUCGUUACACGCUGCAGUACACAUAUCCAUAUGCCUACUACAUGGAAUCUGGCCCCAGAAAGAAACUGUUUGAAUACCAACAGGCUCAGCUGGAAGCGGAAAUAGAAAACCUCUCAUGGAAGGUGGAGAGAGCAGAUAGUUAUGACAGAGGGGACUUGGAAAAUCAGAUGCACAUAGCCGAGCAGAGGAGAAGGACCCUGCUGAAAGACUUCCAUGACACAUAAAGUAGCAGGAGAUGUCAGGGCGCAGGGGUGAGCGCAAAGAGCGAGGUGGCGGUGAGAGCAGCAGAAGAAGAAGCAACACGAGAAGCUGGCCCCCGCCCCCACCACAGAGAAGGGCGGAGGACAAAACUGCACCCUCCCCUUGCAAGCCAGACACGAGCUAGUACCACAGCUUAGUCUUCUGUUUUCUCUUCUCUUUCUGCUUUUCGUUUUUGCCAGGCUAGAGGCUGGAGUUCAGAUUGGCACCUUUUUUUUUCCUGGGACGUUUUCCUCCCCGGCUCUUGGAUUGUUCUGGGAAGGAGUUCUUUUAUUUUAUUUUUCUUCUUCUUCUUCUUCUCCUCCUCCUCCUUCUUCCUCCUCCCCCGAAUGGCUGUUAAUAGUGUUAGAUCAUUACAAACAUAUGUAAUUUUCAAACGGUUGUACAAUUAUACAAAACAAACCCUAGAAUAACACACAACCCUUUUUAAAAAUAAAUUGGAAUUGGAGUGUU